AUGGCCGAUCCAGCGGAGCACCGCGAGGAGGAGGAGGAGGCCGCGGCGGCCGGCGAGGAAGAGGACACCGGCGCCCAAAUCGCUCCCAUCGUGAAGCUCGAGGAGGUGGCCAUCACCACCGGCGAAGAGGACGAGGACGUCCUCCUCGACAUGAAAGCGAAGCUGUAUCGAUUUGACAAGGACGGGGGCCAGUGGAAGGAGAGGGGCACGGGUGCCGUCAAGCUGCUCAAACACAAGGAGACUGCCAAGGUCCGCCUCGUCAUGCGACAGGCCAAGACCCUCAAGAUCUGCGCCAAUCACCUCGUUGUGGCCACGACGAAGAUGCAGGAGCACGCUGGGAGCGACAAGUCGUGCGUGUGGCACGCUCUGGAUUUUGCCGACUGCGAGCUCAAGGAGGAGAUGUUCGCCAUCCGCUUUGGAUCCGUGGAGAACUGCAAGAAAUUCAAGGAUCUUGUAGACGAGAUUGCUGAGCAGCAAGGAAAGAAUGAGGACAAAGAGAGCGAGGAAGUCUCCUCUGCUGCCGAGCUGGUAGAGAAGUUAACUGUGACGGAGGUCAAAAAGGAGGAACAAACUGAGAAAGUGGAGACUCCUGCAGUAGAUGAUAAGAAGGAUGCUGAAGAGUGA